AUGGCAGACCAGGAGAAGAUUGCUAUAGAUAAUAAGAAGCAAUUGCAGGAGCACAGCCCAGCACAUUCUGAGCAGUCGGAGAACGUCAAACUGGAAAAUGGGCCUAUAUUAGAUGCCGACGCUAUCCACAGUAGACCAGCGGACCGACUCAAUGUAGUCUUCCAGAAUCCCCUGGCGGAUAUUCCGCAUGAAAAGCUUUUGGACGAUGUCGAACAUUUCUGCCGCGAGUACAACUUGAUGGACCACAUUGACUCCUUUCGCAAGGGGGCAUUGAUUUCCCAGAAUCCAGCAGCGGCUCAGGAUCUGACCGAGCUAACGGAUGAGGAUAAGGAGGUUCUCCGUAAGGAGCAUACUCAUAAAUGGGAACAACCAUGGAUGCUAUACUGGCUUGUCAUUAUGUGUUCACUCGCCGCUGCUGUUCAAGGAAUGGAUGAGACAGUCAACAAUGGCGCACAAGCCAUUUAUUUGGAUCAAUUGGGGAUCAAUUCCCGCUUCACCGGCCAGGAGAAGAAUAACAUUACUGGGCUCAUUGUUGGCGCCCCUUAUCUCUGCUGUGCCAUCGUUGGGAGCUGGCUCACUGAGCCACUGAACCGCGUCUUCGCCCGGCGUGGCACAAUAUUUAUCAGCUGUGCUAUUGCUGCAAUAGCUUCUAUCUGGGAAGGAGUUGCCAAUUCAUGGGUGAAUCUGUUCAUUGCUCGCUUUGUCCUCGGCCUUGGUAUAGGGCCCAAGUCAUCUACCGUCCCAGUCUACGCCGCAGAAUGCUCACCCGCCCCCAUAAGAGGGGCUUUGGUUAUGAUGUGGCAGAUGUGGACUGCUUUUGGUAUCAUGCUUGGCAAUAUCAUGGGUGUUGCCUUCAUGGGCCUCUCCGAUGACCUUUCGUGGCGACUAAUGCUUGGCUCAACUGUUGUCCUACCGCUUAUCGUCUGUGCCCAGGUAUAUUUCUGCCCGGAAUCCCCUCGUUGGCUAAUCCAACACAACAAAAUCGACAAGGCUUUCCGGUCGUUCCGCAAACUGCGGCCCACUGACCUCCAAGCAGCCCGUGAUCUUUACUAUGCCUACGUUCUGGUCCAGCUUGAGCGUGAAGUAAACAAAGGCAAGAGCUUUUUCACCAUGGUGAUGGAACUCUUCACUGUUCCACGUAACAGACGGGCAACUCUAGGUAGUUGGAUUGUCAUGUUCAUGCAGCAAUUCUGCGGCGUCAACGUUAUUGCCUACUACUCGACAACCAUCUUCACUGAGUCCAGCUACAGCAUCCAAUCUGCGCUUCUGGCGUCCAUGGGAACAGGUAUUCUGAACUGGGUCUUCGCUUUGCCAGCUUGCCUGACUAUCGACACGUUCGGCCGGCGGAACCUAUUGCUAACAACCUUCCCGUUUCUAUCUAUAUGUCUCUUCUGGACUGGUUUUUCGUUCUGGAUAGAAGCAGAUAAGAAGGUUAGUAAGAAACGUGUGGCUAUGGUCACCACCGGUAUGUAUCUCUUCGAGGUAUUCUACUCCCCUGGAGAAGGACCUGUACCAUUUACCUACUCUGCGGAGGCAUUCCCAUUGCAUGUACGAGAUGUUGGCAUGUCGUGGGCAACGGCGACUUGUUGGUGCUUUAAUUUCAUCCUGUCAUUUACUUGGCCAUCGCUACUAUCUACCUUCAAACCACAAGGUGCAUUUGGCUGGUAUGCUGGCUGGUGUAUAAUAGGAUGGUUCCUGGUUUUGCUUUUUCUACCUGAAACUAAAGCUCUUACUCUGGAGGAAUUGGACCAGGUCUUUUCCGUGCCAACAUGGAAACAUGCCUCGUACCAGAUCAAGAAUGCGACCUGGCACUUCCGUGUUUGGAUUUUGCGGCAGAAGCUUAAGCCAUUGCCUAACUUUUACGAAGGCGUUGAGAAGCUCAUGGAGUCUUGA